UGACCUUUUGAUUAAAUAUCGUUUAUAUAUAAAGAAGUUCAUCCAAAUGUUUUAUUAGUCUAUCUAUUCUAUCUAUUAACAUGGCAACUUUAAAGUUUAAACAGGCUUCACCGUACUCGAUGAAACCUUCAACCCCAGAUGAAGAUAUUAAACACAAAGAAUAUCUGGAACACAUAAAAUUAAGUCAGACUGGCCAUUCCCGAUUCGGAAUUGCUUGUUUUGGUAUAGGUAGAGCUGGAACUAUUCAUUUAUCUUUUUUGGUGAGAGAGCCCAAAGCAAAAUUGCUUUAUAUAGUAGACGAUGAUAAGUCAAAGUGGGAUAAACUAAAAAAAUAUUGGAAUCUUGAAACAGUUCGAUUUUUGACAAACGCUGAAGCUAAAAUUGUUUAUGAAGACCCAAGUGUCCGAGCUGUUGUGGUUGCCUCACCAACAUAUACUCACGAAGAGAUAAUAUCAAACGCUUUAAAUCAUAAUAAAGCAGUUUUUUGCGAGAAACCUAUUGCUGGGGAUUAUGAUAAAAUCAAGGCUUUGUGUAAUUUAGCAAAGAAAGUAAACCAGCCUCUGUUUUGUGCAUUUAACAGGCGUUUUGAUCCCUCCUAUGCUACUCUUAGAGAGAGAGUUCGCAAGGGUGAAAUUGGUAGAGUUUUGACUGUAAAAGUUUGCAGUCGCGAUUCUCCUUUGCCAACUAUCGAAUACUUAAAAGCGUCCGGUGGCAUUUUUCACGACUGCGCCGUCCACGACAUCGACAUGAAUAUAUUCAUGUUGGGGGAAUACCCGACGAAAGUUAUGGUCAUGGCAACAGCAAAUAUACCAGAAAUUGCCCAAAUCAAUGAUCAUGAUACUGUAGGAAUUAUGUUGUCGUACGAGAGUGGAGCCAUCGGUUUUAUAGAUCUAAGCCGCCACAGCAUUUACGGUUAUGAUCAAAGAGUGGAAGUCUUUGGAGAAAAAGGAAUGAUGAAAGCUGAAAAUCAGCAGCCAAUUAGCAACUUGGAAACUUACACUGAAAAGAGCGUCACCAAGGCCCCAAUUGCCUACUCUUUUCCCUCGCGUUAUGCCGAUGGUUAUGCAAUGGAAAUGAAACAUUUCUUCGAUGUUUUGGAAGGUAAAGCAAAAGUUUCCGUUGAUAGCAAUGAUAUUCUCGCUGUGUCUAAAAUAGCGACAGCUUGCGAGGAAGCCCUAAGGUCAGGAAGAUGCGUAGACCUCAAAUGGCGGGAUGAUGAAAAACCGAGAUUAGCUUGACUCUGUUAAACGUUGUUAAAAAUGUCAAUAAAUCUGUCUCGCUUUA